GCUCAAAACCCCCUCGACCGCGCAUUCUUAGGGUUUCCUCUCUCUCCUCGGCUCCGCCCAGGCAACUCCACCCCCAAUCCAACCGUACCGGCGGCGGCGAACGCGGCGACGAACCCGCGCAGCGCAGCCCAGGCGCCAUGGCCGCGCCGGAGGCACCCACGUGCUACGUCGGGGUCGCGCGCCAGUCCGCCGCCUUCCGCCUCAUGAAGCAAAUGGGAUGGGAAGAAGGUGAAGGCCUCGGGAAAGACAAGCAGGGUAUAAAGGGGCAUGUCAGAGUGAAACAAAAGCAGGACACACUAGGUGUUGGUGUGGACAAUCCUCAGAACAAAUGGGCGUAUGAUACCACCCAGUUCGAUGAUAUACUAAAGAAACUGAAAGUGCAAUCUACUACUCCUGCUAAAGAAAUUGAGGAUGUAAGCAGUUCACCUGACAGUACACCCAAGAAAGAUAAACCUGCAAAAGAUGAAGUCGCUAAAGUUACCCGGCCUCAAGGAAGAUAUAAGAAAAGGGAGAGGGGGAAAAGUGUGAGGGGUUAUUCAGCAGUUGAUCUUGAAGGCAUACUUGUUCGGAAGAAGGAAAAUGAUUGCGAGGUGGAUCAGGAAGUUCAACCAUCAUGUAUGGAAGAGCCUGAUAUCACCAUCGGCCAGGGUGCAGUAUCCCAAGCUGAAGAUGUGAACUGGUGGGGGCACAAGUUUGGAUAUGUAUCAGGAGGCUUUUUAGGAGCAAAAUCUCGCAAGAAUAAAAAAGAUAAUUCUAAUGUCCGUCAGAUGUUUGGGGAAGAUGAUCAAGAAAAUCUGUACAACCUUGUUCAGGACAAAGCUACAUCUGGAAAGCAGGGUCUUGGCAUCAAGGACCUGCCGAUGAAAGUUGGUGGCCAGCGUUGGAAGGGGAACAAAACCUCUCUUGGUGAUAGUGAUGAGGAAAACUCAACCCAGUCUGAAUUAUCAGAAGUGGAAGAAGAUGAAGACGAGGAAGGAUCUGCCAGUGAUGCUAAAGUAAAUGAAGUACAUGUGAAAACCGUAAAAGAAGUUUGCGUGGAUGCUAAACCUAAAACCAAGUUCAAGAAGCUUUGCAAAAAAAUUCUUCGUCAGGCUCCAUCUCAGUCCAUGAAAUUGAAGGAGCUCAAGGAAGCUGUUGAAGAACACUCAACUAUUUUGUCCGACUUCUCCUGUAGACGUGAAGCUCUUUCAUUCUUGAAGAGGAAGCUCCAGGGAAGCAAGAAAUUCAAUCUGGAGGGCAAAAGGGUUCAUCUUGUAUCAUGAAGCAAAUACGAAGCCUACGGGAGACAAUAUGAUUUUGCGUGUGGCUCCUGCAGUCAUAUAUUUGUCGAUUGUUGCUUCGGACGAGUAUACAUACAGGCUGUGCACCAAGUGGCACGGUAUAGAUGUAAGGAGUCAUAGGCCCGGGACGGGGGCCAAAAUUUUGCAAAUCUUGCCAGCUGCUGGAAAUUUGGAAGUGUGUGCUGAGUCAUCUGUAUCGUAAUAUCCAUGUAGCUGAUGCAUCUAUAGGUGUUUGUAAUUUUUUUUUGUUGGGUGUAGACUUGUAUUUAGAGGAUGGUUAUGCCUAUUGUGCAUUGGCUGUCUCGGGUUUAGAACUCGCUCAUAUAAGUCUCCAAACUCACUUUGCUCCAUAAGUUUCCACAUGCAUAUGAUCAUCAACUAUUUUUCCCCC